AUGUCAGCUCCGCCACCCUCUGGAGGGUACUCACUCUUCCCGAAUCCCAACUCGAAGCCUCCAACGGUGCGAAGGCCAGCAUCUCGAACUCGAAGAUCAGAAUCCCAGGAGCGGACCCGGGCUGUGUCUCCUGAGAGUAUCCUCGCAAUUGAUCAAACUUCUCCGCCGCGUCAUGGCAGACAGACACCGCAGCAGAGAGUCCAGUCGCCAGUUGAGCGAUCAGAAACUCCCCAAAGCAUCCACCGGGCCCAAGCUAGCGAGCAGGAAACUACGCCAUGUAGACGCGAGGGGCCAGCGCAGCCUCCAGCAAGGGCAGCACCCAUCCAACGGCCUCCUCCCGUCGCCGACGUACCACCUCGAACAGACACUGCCUUCUCCCAGGCACAGACUCUGGUGCGAAGUAGUAGUACUCGUUCUCGGAGCUCGAUAGCAAAGCUUCCACUGACAGAGGAGCCGUCAUCGUGUUCCCAAGAGCAGCCUACCCUGCGGUCCAUUUUCCCCCGGUAUAACCCCGACGUUCCGCUCAACCAGCAAGACUACUUCCCUACACAGACCAGUCCGACUCACAUCCCGCGAGCCGUAAUCAACCGGACGACAUGGUAUCCAGACCCUGAGGGUGAUAGCCAGAGCAACCAUCACAGAAGUCCUGUACGAAGUCCGCUGAGCGGCGACGCAGCGCAACGAUGGCCAAGGCGAAAUAUCGAGCCCCCUGUCAUUCCCAGUGUCUCAACGAACGAGCACAUGAAAAGCCUAUGGAAGGUAUCCAACGGCUGGAAGGCGCCGCCUUCGGAAGGCAGGGUGUACUGUAUGAAGUUUUCCCAGGAAAAGGAUGCGCCUGUCUACACCUUGUCCUCUUCAUCCCAACCGUUUUACAGCCUCCGACUCGAUCCCACCUCUGCCUCAGCAUAUGUCACCCUCAGCCGCCACGACCCUGCCAAGAUCUACAAGGCCCCUAAUCCCACGACAAGCUCGUCAGCAAGUAGCAUCCUCUCCGGCGUGGUCGGUCACAAAGAUCACGGCAAGGGCGCCGAGAACAAGCACUGGCAGGAAGUCCUCACGACGACACUCGAAGAGGAGUCCCGCAAGCACCCACCCAACGAUGGCCUCGUUGCCCUCCUUUAUCCCCUCGCGGCUGCUAAGAUGGCGCUGGACAAGCCGGACGACAUGAACGCCGUCAUGAUGGCCGAGACGGAGUGUGCCCGCCUCGUCUGGGACGAAGACUCGGGGUCGCAUUUCCUCGUCCAUCCGGCCCUUGCGACGCCCUUUUGCGUCACCAUCGAGCGCUCGCCCGCCUGGAGCCGCGUCGAGUACACACUCGAGCACCACGAGUCGCCGCAGCACCUCGCCAAGUUAACACGUGACGGCACCGGCGCCGGCCAUCUUGAGGUCGACACGGCCAUCGCCGCCAAGAUUGACAGUUUCUUCCUCGUCGACGUCGCCGUUACGGCGCUAUUGCUUGUCGCGGCGGCGGACGAGAAGAAUACCAAGGUCGAGACGUUUGAGCCGCCGCCUGCACCGCGAGAGCCUGUGGGCUGGGAGCGACGGCUGAGCAAGAGGGAGGAGAAGAAGCGAGCGGCGGCGGCGGCACGGAGGGGCAAAAUGGAGGAGUUUGAAAUUGACAUUGAGAGUCAGGACAGCAGCUUUGCGAAGCUGGAGCAGGCUGGUAAGGAGGCGCGCGACGGGUUGCCGUGGCCACUGAGGGUGCUCUUCAAGCUCGUAACGGGUCUAUUCAAAUGCCUCGUAUGGUGCUUGACGCUGGGCUUCAAGGCGCUUGCUGGCAUCGUCAAAGGACUGGCGAGAUGUGUGGGUGUGAAGUCAGAAUGA